AUGGCACCCAGUAGGAUCGACAUCACAGAAGCGCCAAGCGGCGAGGCUGAGGAGCAUGAAGCGAUCGAUGCCCAGAGACCGUCAAUGUACCUUCUCGAGGACUUCCCGCAAGCUGCGGUGGAGUACUGUCAGAACGUCUUCAACACGAUCCUUGCAAACGAUCCCAAGGUUCACUCCUGGAGGGAACACGCCGAUGCCGUACUGGUGCGCGAGAAGAUCAUCUCUGCACAUGACAUCGAACAUUGCCAACGACUGCGAGCAAUCGGGAAGCAGGGUACAGGCAUCGACAUCAUUGAUCAGAUUGCCUGCGCCAGACACAACGUAGCAAUCCUCAACACUCCUGGUGUGAAUGCGCAAGCAGUGGCGGAGUUAGUUCUGACUCUGACCAUGGCUGUCGCUCGACAAAUCAGGAAGAUCUCGGUACGACAAACAGCAGGCAAAGAAGUUCGAAAACAGCAUUGCGAAGGUAUCUCCAUCAAAGGGAAAUCGAUCGGGAUUGUGGGGAUGGGUGCCAUCGGAACGACCGUCGCCAGGAUGUUCCAGGGCGCCUUUGGAUGCCAUGUGUACGCGCUCGAUCCUUACGCCUCGGACAAGGCAUGGGGAGACAUCAUCCACACACGCACUCGGGAGCUCGAGGAGAUGCUCGACAAGGUGGACAUCUUGACGCUUCACGUGCCCCUGACACCGGCGACGAAGGGCAUGAUCAACAUGAGACAUAUGAAGAUGAUGAAGUCGAGCGCGAUCUUGAUCAACGUGACCAGAGGGGGCAUUGUCGAUGAAGGAGACCUCUUGGAGGCUUUGAACUUGGGCAUGUUGCACGGUGCAGGAUUGGAUUGUCAUGUGGUGGAGCCGCCUACCAAAGAGCAGUAUGAACUACUUUGGGAGACAGAGCGUGUGGUCAGUACGCCGCAUAUUGGAGCAGCUACUGUGGACACUCGGCUCGAGACCGCCAUGGCUGCUAUUAGGAAUGUCGAGAAGUUCUUUAGAGGUUAA